AAUGUCAACAGAUUUGUUGUAUUCAUUUUGAGGUUAUGUUUUGGUAAUUGUCUAUCGUCGUAAAAACUGUUUUGAUAAAAUGCAAAAUUAUAUAAAGACUUUUCGAAAUCCUGUAUUAAAAUCCCUUAUAAAUGGACACAGCUGCAAGUGCCCUAACAGAGAAAUACACAAUGUAGGACUGAAUGAUAUUCCGAAGAUAACGGCGACCGAUAUCAGAAAGUUACUGCGCCAAAAAGGCCUAGCUGUGCAAGACGGAUUCACAGCAUUCACCACAAAGUGUUCCCUAUGUUCAGGAGACCAGAAAUGUUCGGAGAGUAAAGUGUAUGUGAACAAGACGACUGGAUACUUUCUUUGUCCCAAAUGCAAUGUACACGGCGACUGGAAUAUUUUAGAAAGAAUAGUAAAGAAAACGAAAAUUGAAGCAACUGUUAAAGAUUUCAUUGAGAAAUGCCAAAAAGAAUCAGAAGAGUUUCAGACUGAUUGGCAGAAACUAGUCAAUGAUACAAAGUCUUUGAAACAAUUAGAUGAGACAGAAUUAUUAGACCUAUUUAGACUGUUUGAAUUUCCUUUUCACCCCGAUGCCAACAAGAUAUUAUUAGAUGUAAGAGUAUCAAAUGACCGCACAGUAUUAUAUUUUCCAUUAAAAAACUCUUUAGAUAAAGUCGUAGGGUACAGAAAAGUGCAAGCCGGUAGAGAGGAUGAAGUAGAAACCCAUGGGCUACAUAUAGCAGGACUGUUCUCUUGUAGAGUGCCGAAGGUUAGCCGUAGUGAUCAAGCAAUUAUUGUACCAACCAUACAAGAUGUAUUACAUUUAGCAGCACAAAAAAUUCCUGGAACUCUCGUUUGGCUGAGCAACUGCAGCUUGCCGCCCAUUGUGUUGCCAACUCUUGAAGCUUACCAGAAGCUCUGUUUGUGGGGAGAAUGGGACAAUAUGCGUGCCGUGGCUGAGAAAUUGGGCGAAGAGAGAUGUCGUUUUGUAAGACCUACAGAUGGCCUAGUAAGCGCGUCAGAGGCAGCGGCAGCGAACCUCCCUCUAAAGACAAUGGUAUCAGAAGCGAAGCCUGCGGCACAUCGAUCCAUCACCACAUUCGCAGCCCUUAGAGAUGAUGUCUACUUUGAAGUCACUAAUGUGGACAGGGUUCGUGGAAUAAAAUGGAAACGUUUUCCCGCCCUCACGCGUCUGCUGGGCGGACACCGACGCGGAGAGCUCACAGUGCUGACCGGCCCCACUGGCUGCGGGAAGACCACGCUCUGCGCUGAAAUAUCCCUCGACUUGGCGCAGCAAGGGGUGAACACGUUAUGGGGUAGCUUCGAGAUCCGUAACUCCCGGCUGGCUCGCACCAUGCUGCAGCAGUUCGCUGGAGUGCCUCUGGAGCAGAACUUGCAGGACUUCAACAAGUUCGCUGACGACUUCGAGAAGCUCCCCAUCUAUUACCUCGCCUUUCAUGGACAACAGCCCAUCAAAGUUGUCAUGGAGGCAGUGGAACACGCCCGCUACAUGCACGACAUCGCGCACGUGAUAGUGGACAACGUGCAGUUCAUGCUGGGCCUGGGCGAGGAGCGCGACGGCGACCGCUACCUGCGCCAGGACGCCGUCAUCGCCGCCUUCCGAGCCUUCGCCACCGCGAGGCAUUGCCACGUCACGCUCGUCAUGCAUCCCAGGAAGGAACGUGAAUCUGAGGACUUAUCCACGAGUUCCAUAUUUGGAAGUGCGAAAGCUUCACAAGAAGCAGAUAAUGUUCUUAUAAUUCAGGACAAACGACUCACAGCAGUGCGCGGUAAAAAGUAUCUACAAGUUGCUAAAAAUCGAUACAGCGGAGAACUUGGCAUUGUUCCACUUGACUUUGACAAAGAUGCACUCAGCUACCAAGCCAAGAAGAAAAGUAAAAAGCAAGAUGAACCAGAUAAACUGUUGAAUCAAUGUUUCAAAGAAUAUACAGUAGACGAUCCCAACUAUAUUCACGAUUUCGAAGACAAAAGGCCAAACGGUGAUUUUUCCAGAAAAUCGCCAAAUACUCGACACAAAGGCCAGUCAAGUAGUUAUUUAAGUGAUGUGUUGAAUUUAAACAGAUAGUAUUUAAGCUUAACUGUAAAUCGAUUACAAAUUGUAAAUAAAAUAUUUAAAUAAGUAAAUGUAUCGAAAUUU